ACCCACCUUUGAGUCGUUUUCACCACAGCACCCUAUUCUCACGGCCUACCGCACCCAGAACCCGACAGGCAGAGUAUCCGCGGUCCAACCGCACAACUCAUCACCGCACUUACCGCAUCCCCAUCCUCUCACUGUUCUCUCCCUCUCCCCACUCCUACACGAGACUCCCAUCAACCACCACGCAACCGCCCACCACCUCUCCAGCCACAAUCAUCUCUUCCCCCCCCCUCUCCAUAGAAAUUCUCAAGUUCGUCCACCACUCAUCCCUUAAUCACUCCCACCUUCUCUACUCACCCCCCCCCCCCCAUCCCUAGCUUUAAUCUAACACCUUGCCCUAAGGUCAUAUCUCACAUACCGGUAUCAGGCUUCCGUCAAACGACUGGGCUGCACACGAUUUCCGCUCCACCAGUGGGUACGAUUCUUGACAUCAUCCUUUUGGUCCCUGUUCCACGUUACCCUCAAAUAAAUUUUCAUUGCUUAUAACCUUGCGCAUAAACUCCUCUUCCUCUUCUUUCCUUUCUCUCCUCUUCUCCACUUCUCCUAUAUACUCUCACUCUCGUCUAAACAACCUUCUACAACAAACUCGAACACUUUAAUAUCUAAACUUCGCCACACAAACUCGCCAUGGUCAAAGAAACGAAGCUUUACGAUACCUUAAGUAUCAAACCUAACGCCACACCGGAAGAAAUCAAAAAGGCCUAUCGGUGAGUUUGUUCUCCCAUAAUCAGCUAAUCUCUCGGCUCCCUGCUGCUGUUUUCCUACCUGGGCCGGAACUAACCUAGCUUUGAAGGAAAGGCGCAUUGCAGUACCACCCGGACAAGAACAAAGAUAGCAAGGUUGCUGCAGACAAGUUCAAAGGUAAAAUUGAAUACUUGAUUAAUAUUCGCUCCAUACAAACGUUUCAUCGCACGGUUCCUAACCUUACGGUGCAGAAAUCUCCCAGGCCUAUGAAGUUCUAUCAGAUCCGGAGAAACGCAAGAUAUAUGAUCAGUUUGGCUUAGAAUAUCUGUUGCGCGGGGGCCCUUCGUCGCCACCCCCGCAAUCACAAUCUCAUCCUUCAUUCGCGAGGUCCGAAACAUUCCCCGGAGGAAGCUUCCCUGGAAUGGGCGGAAUGGGCGGAAUGGGCGGAAUGGGCGGAAUGGGCGGAAUGGGUGGAGGUGGGCGGGCAUAUCCCUCCUAUGGAGGUCACUUUCACCAGUUCAGUAAUCCCGAAAACAUCUGGAAGAAGUUUGCUCAAAUGGAGGGCGGAGUUGAUGGCUUCGAUUUCGACUUUCUUGGAAAUAUCGGAACAAGUAGUCCGCUUGGAGGCGGCCGACCCAGUAGUUUCCCUGGAACCAGGUUUGGCGCAAGCCCUCGUGAGCCCAACGGAAGGAGCAAGACUCCUGAAUCAACUGUAUCUGAACGGCCUGUGAGCCUUACUCUUGAAGAGUAUGUUAGCCCCUUUUGUUUCUCCAGUAGUCUGUUAUUUUGCCAUAUUUGCUAACGAGGUGUUCGUGUAGGCUUUUCUACGGCACAGAAAAGAAGUUCCGUGUCAAGAGGAAAACCUUCGAUAAGGAUGGCAGGAUUUCCCGGGAAGACAAGGAACUGAAGAUCCCGGUUAAGCCAGGCAUGAAAGCUGGCUCAAAGUUCAAGUUCAAGGGUGUCGGUGAUGAGAUUGAUGGAAGCAAACAGGAUCUACAUUUUAUUAUAGAAGAGGUAUGCCUAUACACAAAAUUUCUUAAUUCUCAUAACAUGAAUCCGUUCCAAUAUUAGUUUUACUAGAAACCGCACGAGUCCUUCACCCGAGAUGGCGAUGACCUCAUCACGACACUUUCUAUUCCCUUGAAGGAUGCUCUACUAGGAUGGUCUCGACAAAUCAAAACAAUCGAGGGGAAGCAAUUAAAGGUUUCUCACGCAGGUCCAACGCCACCUACAUGGCUGGAAAGCUUCCCUGGCCAGGGUAUGGUGCUUUCAAAGUCACCGAGCGAACGCGGCAAUUUGUUGGUCAAGGUCAAUGUGAGUAAAAAUAAACAGGCAACCGUCCCCAUAGUAAAAAUGUUAAACUCUUGUUUGCAGAUUGUCUUCCCUUCAUCCUUAACACCUGAGCAAAAAAAUCAACUCAAGGUUGCUCUACCCUAAAGCGUACAGGUUGUAUUAUCCCCUAGGAGCUCUACUUCAUACCAUGUUCAGUAGUCCUCUAUUAUUAUUCGGCUGUGACAUCUUCCCUUCCACCUCGUCCUUUCGCUUUUUUCCUGGGUCUGACAGUUGGGCGCAUGAGAGGGUUUUCAUAACAAGUGUUGAAUUUAUGGAUUGACGAUACGACACGAUCAUCUUCGCUUUUACCUGAAAAAAAAAAAGAGGUUCGAUAGCCAGUUUCACAGAACCUGGUCUCUUGUAUAAUUGUAUAAAGUUUUUGUCGGCUGGGGUUCCUUCGCAUGUUUUUCUCACAAUUCAAUAAAGGUUAUCGAUUCCCGCAUACCCGAAACCUGCUGCGCCAAUGACGAAGGGUGCUGUAGCAUGCACUGUGCUAUAGCAAAUGGAAGAUUGCGGCAAAGUGACACUGAUAGCUAUUAUAAUAUUAUUGCAACCACG